CACGACAAGCUAGCAGCUAUUUUAGUAAUUUCGCUCUCCGCUUUUGAUGUAUAAUUUAACUUUGCUUUAAGGCGGGGGAGACGAUCUAAAAUGGAGAGCCACAUUACACUGUAAUCUGCCAGUGGUUCACUUUUCUGGUUCUGCAAUCGAGUGCAUUUUAGGGCAGAGAAACAGGCAGGCAGGCCAGGUUGAGUUGAGGAAUGUCAACGCGUUACUGGGUGGUGUAGAGCGAGGGACGGAACCAAACAGAGGAGGGACAAAGAGCAUGAGAGGGAGAGCGAGUCAUAAAUGCAAUAAUUACAGCUUAGGUAGAAAUGAGCAAAGCACUCUGGUCCCACUGGCUGCCAGCGUAGCUAAGAACAGGACAGAAUGGAGAGGAGCUGAGCAACAUUGACCUUUUUGUUUUGCUGCUUACACUACAAUUCACCACUCCUGUUUGGGAUUUACAAGUAUUUUUUUCAUGAAUAUAAUCACGAAAGCCAAUCAUUUCUCAAGAUGGAUUUUCUUCUGGAUUCUGGCUGAUUAGGAUGGAUUAUUUUCAUCAAGCUUCCUCCGAGUCGCACUGAAUUUCCUGAGCAGACUUGAAAUCGAGAACCGUGAUACAUUCACCAUGUCUGUGGCUGCCUUGUUUCGGGGCAAAUGGGGGACAAAAUCUCAGGACACGCCAGACAAGCAUCCCACCGCUUUGGCUCCCAGCCACGCGGAGUACUAUGAUGACGAUGAUGAUGAUGAAUCCAGGGUAGGCCUGAGCAGAGAGCCUAUUCGCAGAAACUCUCGCUUUUACCGUUCAAUGAGGAGGAAGAGAAUGGCUGCCUCUGAAAACUCAGAAAGUUCUCCCAGGACUGGAGUGGACAGCACCACAUCAGCAAACUCUUAUUCUAAUAGUCCAUCACCCCAUAAAUCACCGGAACUGUCAGCGGGUGGUCGACCUGUGUUGCCAAGCAAUGGUGUGGCCAGCAGCAGAUAUUAUGCUUUGUGCAACAAGGAUGCUGUGAAUAAGGGAAGAGGAGGUGUGGGAGGAGGCAGCGUGGACGUAUCUUCUACCUCCUACCACAACAGUGCUUUAACGGCCGACUCCAUCUCAUACCGGACUCACAGCAUACUUAGCGGAGACAUUAAAAAACUGUCUGAGCAAACGACUUCAGCCUGCACUGUACGCGACAUUGGAAAUACCAUGCGUUCGGGAAUGCCUAGUCCGGAGGGUGCUGACCGGGACAACUUCAACCACAGGUUGCUGAGCAAUGGAGCUAACUCAAAGACAUUCAGUCACACCAUCAACAUUGUCAAAAACAUCGCCUUCUUGUAUCAGGAAUACCGAGACACAUCAAAGAAGCAGGAAAUUGAGCAGAGGCGACAGCGUGAGCAUCGAAGUCCUUCCACCAUGUUUGCGGGGUGCAAUGUCUCUUCGCCCCCAGUGUUACAGCUACAGCUGAGGAACAAUACCCGCGCGCUGAGCUUGUGGCAGAACCUGGAAGUGGUGCAGGCCAGUGGACUACUCACCCAGUUGCCCCACAAAGAAAUUAUAAUGCAAGAGGCCAUGUUUGAGCUUAUUACUUCAGAGGCGUCAUACUACAAGAGUUUGGAGAUUCUCGAAACUCACUUCCUUCGGAAUCCUUCUUUAAUAAACACCCUCAGCCAAUCCGAUAUGCACUUUCUCUUCUCCAACAUUGAAGAAGUCAUGAAAGCCAGUGAACGGUUCCUGAUGGAUCUUGAACACCGAAUUGAGAAGUCCAUUUUGAUUUCGGAUGUGUGUGACAUUGUUUACAACCAUGCUGUUGAGCACUUCAGUGUCUUCAUCAAGUAUGUCAUCAAUCAGGUGUACCAGGAAAAGAACUACAGAAGAAUUUCAGAAGGAAACCAGGCAUUCCGGGAGACCAUGGCAGUAUUGGAGAAUCAUCCAUGUGUCAGGGGGCUGUCCUUCACAUCAUUCCUCAUUCUACCUUUUCAGAGGAUUACAAGACUCAAGUUGCUUGUUCAAAAUAUCCUGAAAAAUGCUGAAGAACACUCUGAGAGGGAAGCAAAUGCCAUUAAAGCUCAUCAGCGACUGGAGCAGAUUGUGAAAGAGUGUAACGAGGGUGUGCGAAAAAUGAGUCGCACGGAGGAGCUCAUCAGCAUUGAAAAGACUUUAGAGUUUAAAUCCAAGUCUGUGCCCAUCAUCUCCCACUCCCGCUGGUUGCUCAAGAAGGGUGAGGUGCAACUCAUGGCCGGACCAAAGAGCACCAGGACAUUGCGAAGCCGUAAACUUUACCAGCCCGUCUUCUUGUUUCUGUUUAACAACCUGCUGCUGAUCACCAAGCGUAGCUCGAGCGGGGACAAGUUUCAGGUUCUUGACUCCUGCACACGGUCUUUGCUGAGGACUGAAGAUUUAGAGGACCAGGGCCAGAUGCUCGCCUAUGUCUUUAAUCUUAAAUUGCUGGAAAACCAAGAGGACCGGCCAGUCAGCUACAUGCUCAAGACCUCAAGCAUGAGUGAUAAGCUUCGAUGGAUCUGUGCGCUGACUCCAAACCCACGCACCCGUUUCAUGUCGACCAGCGCACACCAAUCAGACUCUUUGCAAGUGCAGUGUAUUCAGUCCUACUCCUCCCAGGAGCCUGAUGAACUCUCCAUUGAGAUGGCCGACGUUUUGAAUCUCUUGGAGAGAACAGAUGAUGGCUGGAUGAUGGGGGAAAGGCUCCACGACGGUGAAAGAGGAUGGUUCCCAAGUCGAUUAGUGGAGGAGAUCCAGAGUCAGGAGGUGCGAGCUCAGAACCUGAGAGAAGCAUUCAAGGUGCAUCACGCUCAAGAGGGAGCCGGAGCCCUGCAAAGUGGAACAAGGAUUGGCUCAAGAGGGGGGAGACCCACGCCAAAAGUCUCAAACCUCUUCAGUUUGUGGAAUGAUCCCAUGGGAAGGAAAUAAAUCAGAGCACUUGAAGAAGAUGCAUGUGCAAAAGCAUCGAGACUUUGAUCGAUCUUGAACUAUGAGCAGAUGACUUUUAAGCUUCACUGUCUUGCUGUCAGUUGCCUCUUUUACACCGAGAUCGCAAAAAAUUGACGUAUCAGAGCCAUAACAGAAGAGCCGGCAUUUAUCCACCUUUGCUCUUUAUGCAGAAACCAUUCAAGGUGAGGCACUGCCGCGAGUGUGUAAAUUUCAUACAGCCAAAGGCUUCACACAAUCCAAUCAUUAGAUGACAUCGGCGCCAGCAUUUGAUGUCACGUGAAGAGUUAGACACCAACAGGUGCUUCCAACACAACAAGGACGAAACAGCACGGUAGUUAGCACCUCUGCUACACAUGAAAUUAUAACUAUAGAUAAGUAUUGUUAUAAAACUAUAUAUAUGUAUAUUAGGGGUGUUCAUUGAUAAUUCAUUUUAAACUGGAACAAUUUGAUCCUGUUAGAAGUACAGCUCCCUUUGAGAGGAUGACGCAAUGAGUUUCUUGUUGUUAUUUUGCAAUAUGAAUGAACUUCAGUUAGUCAAGUCAAUGUGGCCCUCAAAGACAUCGAUCUCCAAUGAAAAGCAUUUCAAUAUAGAGGUAUUGAAGGGGAACAAUUCGAUGCGCUCACAUUUUUUAAAAAUUAAAACCAAUUUUCUGCUUCAAAUCAUAUCAGCGCUGGCAUGUAUACAGUGUCUAUUAUACACUGUAUACAGUGUUUAGAGCAACACACGAAGAAAUUAUUCGAAUUUCGGCUGGCUGGGUUUCGCUAGCUUAAAAUUAGACUUGACAUGAUCAGGAUUUUUGGGGCCAAUCACUGAUCACAAGACGAAGCAAUAUUCCAGUAAAUAACUAGUGUAUUUACUUCAUAUACUUGUGCAAUGUUUAUGGAGUAUCAACAAAAGUAUUCUCAAGCAUGUUUGGCUCUUUUCAACAAUCUUUUCCAUGCCCCAACGAAUAAAAGUGGUGGUGGCGUGGAAUAUGAAACGUCUCUUCCUUAAGAAAUUAGCAGAAUUUAUAGUGAGAAUGCAGCUGCUUUCAAAACCAUGCUAUACCUAAAAUUACAACUACCGAAUGUACUCAUGAAAACUUGUUGACGAAUUGUGCACACUGUGCAAGAGUUUGAUUGUGUUUGGCCGCAACGCUCAGUUUGCAGCGGGCUUUACACACAGGUUUCUGUUGUGGCUCUGAUACUACGUUCCAAAUAUAGAAUUGUCAAGAUGACAUUGUACCCCCUCCUUCUAUCUCGGUGCCUUUUAUACUCUGAAAAGUAAGGUCUUCUACAGGCAGUGUAAGAGGGACUCGUGAUUCCAGACCAGUCAAAACAACUCAAGCAAUGUUGCAUGGCUCAUGAAUGUGCAAUGAAGGUUUUUUUCUUUGUUGUUGUUUUGUGCCCAGUGCACUUAAUGUGGUGUGUAAUUAAUGAAGAAUCUACGUUUGAUAAAGAACCUGUUUGAGGGUGCAAUGGCCGAUACCCCCAAAUUUUGUUGUCGUUAAUUUAUUGUGAAGAUACUGUAAACAUCCUUCAGAUGCAUGGGCAGGGUUUAACUAUUUGAUUGUGUUCGUUCAUUUCAUUUUAUAAAUGCAUAGUAAAUGUUAUGAAAAGCAACAAUGAUUACCCGAGUGUCUGUCUAUGACUGCUGAAAAGAGUGAGUCUGCAAAAUUUUGGUUCAAUGACUCCCUGACCACAAUUUAGUUCGUCUCCCCAUAAAUUCCUUGUGGGAUAAAAAUAUACAAAAUGUAUGACCUAAAACAUUUGUAUGCGCCAUUUCUAUUUGAACCUUUGGAAAAAGACACAUAAAUAUCCAGACAAUAGAUUCUUGUUUAAUUAAAUUUAGGCUGUAAAUUUGUAUAAUUUAAUGUGAAGUGUGGAACAGCAUGGUUGUAAAGCCUGUAUGUUUCUAUUCGUGUACAUAAAUGACAACAUUCAAAUGAAAAUGAGAA